AUGGCUCUGAAUGUGCCGGGUUUGGUGGUGAUGGCCGUGUUCUACGUCAUGAUUUUGGGCACGGGUAUUUGGGCGUCCGUGCGCUCCAAGAAGGAGGAGAAAAAGUGCUCGGGCGGCAGCAUGGAGGUAACGUUACUGGCUGGACGCAAAAUCAACCUGCUCGUUGGGAUCUUCACUCUUACUGCGACGUGGGUUGGUGGAGGUUUCAUCCUUGGCAUUGCUGAAGCAACCUACAACCCAACGCUCGGAGCAGUUUGGGCGCUCAUGCCUGUACCUUAUGUCCUGACCUUCUUCAUAGGAGGCUUCUUCUUCGUGAAACCAAUGCGGGAAAACAACUACAUGACUAUGAUGGACCCGUUCCAAAGGAAGUAUGGGAACGUCCUGAGCAGCGCGCUGAUCUUUCCUGCACUCGUAGCUGAUGUGCUGUGGGUGGCACGCACACUUGUCAGCCUGGGUGGAACAAUGAAGGUCAUCCUGGACCUGCCCUACAUCUACUCCAUCAUCAUCUCCUCAGUGGUGGCCAUAGUCUACACCCUGCUGGGGGGGCUCUACUCUGUGGCCUACACAGACGUCAUUCAGUUAAUCCUCAUCUUUGUCAGCCUGUGGGUCUGUGUUCCUUUCCUGUUGACCAACCCUCACUCCGUGGACAUUUCGCUGACGGCGUAUAACCAGACCUUCCAGGAUCCCUGGGUGGGCUCCGUGGAGCUGAACGAGGCCGGCAAGUGGUUUGAUGACUUCAUGCUGCUGGCUCUGGGUGGUUUGGCCUACCAGGCCUUCUACCAAAGGAUUCUGUCGUCCUCGUCUUGCGCCCAGGCUCAAGUGACGUGCUUCGCUUCUUCAGCCUUCUGCCUGGUGCUGGGGAUCCCGUCUGUUCUGGUCGGAGCUGUGGCUGCAUCUACAGACUGGAACUCAACAGCGUAUGGAUUACCAACCCCGUAUGAGCGCAACGACGCGGGCUCGAUCCUCCCCCUCUCGCUGCUGCACCUCACGCCCACUUACGUCUCGGUCAUUGGGAUCGGAGCCGUAGCUGCUGCUGUCAUGUCCUCUAUGGACUCGGCGCUGCUGUCCUCCGCCUCGUUGUUCUCCGCAAACAUUUACAAGAACAUCAUCAGGAAGCAGGCUUCAGACUAUGAGAUGCAGUGGGUGAUCCGGAUCUCCGUGGUGGUGGUGGGCCUGGCUGGGACUGGUCUCACCUUCCUGGACAGCAGCGUCCUGGUCUUCUGGCUCGUUGGCGUUGACAUGUCCUACACGAUAAUGUUCUCACAGCUGGUGUGCGUCCUCUUUUUUAAGAUCUCUAAUGGUUAUGGCGCCAUCGUGGGCUACGUCCUAGGCUUCGUCCUGCGGGUUCUGAGCGGCGAGCCCCUCAUCGGCCUCCCGCUCGUCAUCAAGUUCCCCGGCUGCCGGCUGAACGAGGAGGGGAAGUUAACCCAGUACUUUCCUUUCCGCACCUUCAUCAUGGUCAUCUCACUCGUAUCCAUCAUCCUGUUUUCGUGGUUGGCGUCCGUUUUGUUCAACAAAGGCCUCCUGCCGGAGCAGUGGGACGUGUUUGACAUCAAACGCAACCAAAAGCAAACAAACGGAGCCACGGCUGACCUAGAUAACCAGAACAACGAGGACGCCGCCGCAGCCAGACGGCCUCUGAGCACCACCAGAUGCUGA